AUAUGUUUUAUAUCACUGCUGCAGAUAUAAAAUGGAAGUGGCCGGCAAAUCGUUACCGGCGCUGACGAAUUUGGACAAAGGCCGAUAUUCCGUCAUCGUGUUCGAGAAUUACCACCGGUACCUGAACAUGGACAAAUGGAACAGAGAGCUGUUGGACAAGUAUUGUAGGGAAUACGGGGUCGGCAUAUUGGGAUUUUUUCCGCCAGCCAACCGCCACAUGACCAGCGUCAAGGUCAAAGGGUUUCCGUUGUACUUGCACACAAAACUAUCUCUCAGGGAUGCCAUGCUGAACUCAGCGUCGCCGGUGUUGAGGGUUGCCCGAGCGGGUGGCGUGUACCAAGGGCCUCUGCCAGGCGACGAUUGGUCCGUGUUCACCGCCAAUCACACGACGUAUGAACCAGUGGCCUGGGGCAGCAACAGCAGCGGUGGACGGGCUGAAUACGUCCCUCUUGCCACGGUCAUGCAAGAUCAUGGCAUGUUCGAUGGGAUAUCGAGGGUGUUGUUCGGCAACGGGCUUAACUUUUGGCUGCACCGGCUGUUGUUCCUCGACUCGCUGUCGUACCUCAGUAAGGGAUUGCUGAGCAUAUCACUCGAACGACAGGUGCUAGUGGACAUCGACGAUAUAUUCGUCGGCGAGAGCGGCAUCCGGAUGUGGAAGGAUGACGUCCACGACUUGAUUAAGACUCAAGAUCGGAUACGCCAGCUGGUGCCUGGAUUUAAAUUCAACUUGGGAUUUUCUGGAAAAUAUUUCCAUCGGGGCACAUGGGAGGAAAACGAAGGGGACGAUACGAUAUUGGAAAAUGUUGAUAAGUUCAACUGGUUUUGUCACAUGUGGAAUCACAUGCAACCACAUCUGUACAACAAUGAAACGCAUCUGGAGUACGAGAUGUCACUGAACAAGGCAUUUGCCGAGGCGCAUGGGAUACCGACUAACUCCAGCUACUCAGUAGCACCCCACCAUUCCGGGGUUUAUCCGGUACAUGAACUGUUAUAUACCGUUUGGAAGAAGGUCUGGAACAUUCGAGUGACUUCGACUGAAGAAUAUCCGCAUCUGAGGCCUGCCAGGCUGAGGAGAGGAUUCGUCCAUCGUAGCAUUAAGGUAUUGCCUAGGCAGACUUGUGGCUUGUUCACGCAUACCAUCUAUGUUGACCGGUACCCGGGAGGACGCAAAAAACUGGACGAAUCCAUAAUGGGUGGUGAACUAUUUCAAACCAUUGUUUAUAACCCCAUCAACGUAUUCAUGAGCCACAUGUCCAAUUACGGCAGUGACCGGCUGGCGUUAUAUACCUUCGAGUCGGUAUUUCAGUUCAUCAGGUGCUGGACAAAUUUGAAAUUGGUAUCAUCAGGACCCCUGGAACUGGCAGACAAAUAUUUUCAGAUGUAUCCAGAAGAAAUUGAUCCAGUGUGGGGUAAUCCUUGCCUGGACCAACGUCAUCUUAAGAUUUGGUCUUACAAAAAAUCUUGCCAGCAUCUUCCUAAGUUUCUCGUUAUUGGACCUCAGAAGACUGGCACCACGGCGUUGUACACAUUCCUGUCAAUGCACCCAAACAUAUCAGCAAACAUUCCAAGCAAAGAAACAUUUGAAGAAAUCCAAUUCUUCAAUGGUCGUAACUAUUACAAGGGAUUGGAUUGGUACAUGCAAUUCUUCCCUUCAAAUGACUCUGUGGACAACAAGAUUGUGUUUGAAAAAUCCGCCACUUAUUUUGAUUCAGACAUUGUGCCCAAACGGGUGCAGGCACUACUGCCCAACGUAAAACUUGUAACCAUAUUAAUUUCACCAGCCAAAAGAGCAUACAGCUGGUACCAACACGCCAAAGCCCACGGCGAUCCAAACACUCUCAAGUAUUCAUUUCACCAAGUGAUAACAGCCAACGAAUCCGUCGCGCCAAAACCACUGAGGGACUUUCGUAAUAGAUGCUUAAACCCAGGAAAGUAUGCAUUGCACAUAGAACAUUGGUUGGAUUAUUUCCAUCACAAUAACUUGCACAUAAUUGAUGGCGACCAGCUAAAGUCCAAUCCCGUGGAUGUGCUCGACCAGUUUCAAAAGUUCUUAAAAAUCACACCGCCUUUUGAUUAUUCUUCUCACAUCAGAUAUGAUGCCAAGAAGGGAUUCUUCUGCAAGGUUUUGGAAGGCGGUGGUAACAAGUGCCUAGGAAAGGGCAAAGGGCGGCAAUAUGCCACCAUGGACGCGGAGUCAUACAAAUACCUCAGAGAGUAUUAUAUGCCGUACAACACAGCAUUGGUGAAACUAUUGCGCAAGCUGGAGCACACUACCAUCCCACAGUGGCUUAAAGACGAUUUGAGCUAUUCGUCCACCUGACAUUUGCUUCGUACGUGUUUUGGUGGUAGAAAAAAGAAAUAUCAGCGGUUGUUGGCUGGUGUAUAUUCUACCACGAAGAAAUAAAAAUGCUGAAUUUGCCAUAUUCAUAUGAUGUUUACAUUAUAUUU